CGCGAAGAGAGAGAGAGAGAGAGAGAGAGAGAGAGAUGGGUUCUGCGGCAAUUCGGAUGUGUGUAUGCAUCUUCUUCACAUUUGCUAUCAUCUCUUCUGCUCGACUCACGCUUUCAUUUUCUGAAAAUGAAGAGGGGAUGGUGAAAGGGAGGUCGCUCUUGUUGAUCAGAACCAAUGACUACGACGAGCCGUCGGCCAACGGCAGACACGAUCCCCCAGGCAGGCGCGGUGGCGGCGGCCGAAGAGGUUGAGACAACAGUCUAAAUAUAUAUUUCAUCACUUGAAUAAUUUUGUUUUAGUAAUUUUCUUAACACAAUUAUACACACAUAUAUAUAUAUAUUUAUAUUUAUAUAACAAUGAGAGUUUUAAAAGCGGUAUGUAAUAAAAAAAGGUGAUGUUCGGAUUUAUAGCACCUGGAUCACGUGCUUUAUUAUCAUAAGUCUUAAGAUUUUGAACUAAUGAAUAUAAAAAUAAUUUGAAUUAGGAUUUUCCGAUUCAACGUGUAUGCCAAUAAAACCAAACUGACACUAAUCAUUAUUUA